GUCAGCGAUCAGACACGUGUUGUCGACGCGAUGUUGAACGUGUUGACGGGGCUGCUGCGAGGGCGAUCCGUGCCGGCUAAGGGAUUUAAGUAUCUAACAGCGAAGCGCGGCCCGAAGAACUAUUAUAAGGGGACGGGGAGUCGCACCAUGGGACGACACACAAAGAAAGGUGGUUACAUUCUCAUGGAAGAGAAGAUGCCAACCUACCUGGUUCCAGACCUCAGUAACUUCCAG